CCUCAGACACACUCUGAUCUCAUGGGAAUUAAAUGGUUCCAUCUGACUACUCCCUGACUCAAGCUUGUAGAAGAUGCUUUUGGUAAACCUGAUUUGUGGAUGAAGCUGCGAGAUGAAAAGCAUUACGCAAGGAGAAGAUGGUCUGCUGGAUCCUGCUGCUCAUCAACCUGACCUCCUGUGUCUGUGGAACAUUUGUAGUGAAUGGGACACAGACCUCCUAUCAGGCAGAGGAGAACCAUAACAUCACACUGGAAUGGACGUUCACAACCAACACUGAAAGGCCCCCCAUCCCACUUUUUAUAUAUUGUGAACUGAUAACUGAUCAUAAGCGUUCAGGUGUGUAUGAUCGCUAUGAUGGUGUCGAAGUCUCAGAGUCUCAGGAUGAACAGUUUAAAGGACGAGUCCAGUGUGACAAAGACGCCCUCAGAGAAGGACGACUCAGACUUCAUGUGACCAGACUCAGGACUGAAGACUCGGGCCUGUACCGGUGUGAAGUGCUCACAAAUUAUGGUGGCAACUUCGGGGAAUGUCGGCUCAACGUCAUUGCAGCCAGAGUUCAGCCCAAAGAUGAGAGACAAGAGCCACCAAACCAGGGAACAACUACCUGCUGCUGUAGAUUAGCUCAGGCUGUAGUACUCCUGUACUGGUCUAUUUAUUUAUUCUUCCUGUGAACUCUCUUGAACAAUUGUACAGUUGUACAGCUUCUGUGAGGCUGUACGUACGUCAUCAAACUGGUCACCAUGCGAGUUGUUGAGAUAUUUCUGGACCUCUAUCCUGUCCCCUGCGGCUGCCCCUGAGACGAAGGCUCUCUUUCCUACAGAAGCGCAUUGCAUUCACUGGAUAAAAAAAUAUAUAUAUCUUAUAAUUACGAGAUAAGAUAAAGAAAAAGGAAACGUCUGUAAAUCCUCUCUCAGUGGCAGUGAUGGUGCUAUUGCAGUUAAUCUGCUAUUACUACGUUCUCGGUUUGAGACACUGAGAAAUACUGAUGUUUCUUAAAAUGAGGAUGGUAUUAAUAUUAGUAUGUCAACACGGCCUCUUCAUGGAUGUGCAGUUAGUGGUUCUGAGUGAAGCAGUGGCCAAUGUGACACCUUUCCUCAUCUUUUCUCGUAAUUAUGAGAUAAGGUGUCUAAUUGUUUUUAAUCCAGUGAAUGCAAUGCACUUCCGUACUUACCUCCUCUGACUGUUAGAUUUGCACUGUUCUCACUAUUUACCGGUAUGUUGGUGGUCACACAUACAACAACUCUUCAGCCACUGUUAAAUACUGGUACAGUAAUUUAGAACUGUAAACACAUACAUCAUAUGUGUCUGGUUAACUGAAUGCUAAUGCACACCUUCAUGUUUUGGACAGUGGACUGGUAUCAAACUUUAAAAACAAAACAAACACAGUUAAAUGGUCUACAAGCCCUUUUAUUCGUUAAGAGGCCAUUGUAUAAUGCACAAUAAGCUUUUGCACAAAUAAACCCUGAUCCAGUUCAGGCUGAUCAGGAACUGUAUCUGUAAUAAUAAUGUGAUACUAAGAUACACAAAUCUUUAUUUGGGGAUGUUGCUGCUCUUGAAUGUAGAGAUCCUGUUUGGUUAGACCAGCAGAGCUCUGAGUGCACUACACUGUGGAUAAAUGUGUAACAUUAAUGCUUGUUGUUGCUUGCUAUACUGGUUGAUUUGUUUUCUUUAUGAUAAAGAAGUACAGUCAAACAGUUAGUGUAGCUUAAGUGUUGAGGUCCAGGUAUGGCUUUUUAUAUAUAUUAUAAUAUAUAACACGCUGUGAGACUUCCUGCCUCCCACUAGUAUUUCUUUAUAUUGACCAAAACAAUAACACUUUCCUGGAUGAAAAUAUUUUUUACAUUUAAAACUUCAUGUGCAAUAUUUUGUACAAUAAAUACUGUGAUGUAAUUUUCAUGAUUUAUUUUUUUUGAAAUAAAAUGACAAAAGAAAAAUAAAGAUGUUUCAGUGUCAAUUCUAAUUGAUGAUUUUGGUGUUUAAGACUGGUGAAGUCAGUGCACUUUGAACUGCAGCAGCACAGCUCUGACAGCUACAGUAUAACACAUGAUGAGACAUGAUGUUCACUGUGAUGGAUGCUCUGACUCAAGUUUCAAUGGACUGCCUGGAGGAAGGCAAACACGUUCACAUAUACAUGUACAAUCACUGCAUUCAAUAGGAAAUAUAUACUAUAAAAAACAAACACACACCACUACAGUAUAUUCAGAUUAAUAAUGAGCAGUUAAAUAUAUGUUAGUAGCUGAAGUGCUGGUAUGGAGCAAAAGCUUUGUUCAUGUUUCUGUCUCCACAAAUAAACAAUUUUCUAAAAUCAA